AUGGCGUCCAAGAUGCAGAAGCUCCUCCUCUGCGUCGUCCUUGCCCUUCUCAUCGCUCUUUCCAUUGUCAUCUUGGCGCUUGAAAUCUCAACCUUGAACUUCAUGGACUAUGCCUGGAACCAUGGAUUCCAUAUCUUCCUCGACCCCUCGAGUGACGACGUCACGGCCUACCUUAAACUAUCGGGUCCGUACAGCAAGGGAUCCGACUUCACAUUUGCGGUUUCCAUCAUCUCCCUGGUCGCCGGCGCCGCCGCGCUGCCCUUCUCCAUCUGGCUCUGGCGGACAGACAAGAAGCUGAACGCCGUCAAACCACGCGAAGGCCCGUACACCCUCCUCGCAGCCCUCACAGCAACCGCGGCUUUGUCCCUAGCGCUGCUCCUCAUGGUUUUUGUUUCCAACGCCCGUGCCGCAGGCUUCGACGUCGCAACCCAGGGUCCACCCCCGUACUGGUAUGACCACGGACCGUCGGGGGAAUUCUCGGAGGGCUACUUCGACCUGGAGGCCUGGGUGUGUGACCUCGCGACUUUUGCGGGAGUGCGGCGGCGCAGGGAUCUGGAAGUACUCAGCAAGCAAUGCGGGAUCGAAAAAGCUGCGAGGUGGAUUCUGGUGCCGUUUUUCGGGGUCUCGGUGGUGGCGGCUGGACUCGGCUGGUGGGCGAUGAGAGGGGAGAAGGGAGAUGGAGAUGAUGGUGUCACGCUCGACGAGUUGAGGAGCCGGAUGACGUCUUUGGAGCGUUUGGUACCAACAGACAAUCGAGCGGUAGUUUGA